AUGAGUGAUGUGGCAGUGAACGAUGAUCUCGAGAUCGUUGAUUUCACUCGUGGCUUGACUCCCGAGCAGCAGGAGGAGUUGAGUCCGGUGGGUAUAGUUCCCUCGGAAUUAAUUGCUAAAGCGCAAAAGGAAUUCAUGAAUACUGGAGCCGAAAAUGAUUCUGGCUUUCCUGCGCCAUGCACUAUUUAUGAACACAGCGGAUUCCCGGGAUUGAGAUUGUUUCCUGCACUUCUUCCACCGGAGACACAAUCUCUAUUUGUGUCCCGACUCCUCCACCGUGAGCUGUCGAAUCCUCUACACAAGACGAACUUUCACGAUGAUUAUGAUAUACCCUACCCUCCACUUGACUCUUCCUUCUUCACUUAUCCUCACCAAGCCAAGAACCAAGUUUUUGCUCCUAAAGAUCCAAAUUCAAAAUACAAACCACUUAAUGCUGCACAAGCUCUCCAAAAGAAAUUCAGGUGGCUAACACUGGGUUCUCAAUAUGAUUGGAACACCCGAGCUUACCCAUCUUCUUCUCCAACUUCAUUCCCAAUCGAUGUUUCUCGUCUUGUUACCACAUUAUUUCAAAAUGCCUUUACUCCAGAAUCAGGGGUUGUCCUAAUGUACUCGACUAAAGAUUUCAUGCCGGUGCAUAGAGAUGUUCUGAGGAGUGUGAGAGGGGGCUAG